GCACCACUGGCUUGCUUUUCCAUGGGGUGAAUCGCACCAGAUCCUGGUCCCUCCACCAAAGAAGAGUUGUUCUUCCCCACUAGGGUUUUUGGAUUCCGAUUACAGAACGAGAAACGGGAAAACCAUUCGAUUCCCUAUCUCAGCUUCUCCCAUCUUUUUUAUUUCUUUCUUUUUCUCUAUAAAUAAAAACGAAUAGAAUCUGAGGAGACGAGCGCGGGCUUCUUCUUCUUCUUCUUCGAGGGACUCAAUCAGAUCGGCUUUUACUCUCGUCGGAAUCGAGCUCCGUCUGAUUGGAAUCGCCGCUCUUAGUACUCAAUAACACCUAUCUGUUGUUUUUUUCCGGCGGUCGGAGCACCAUGGGACGAGGAAAGUUCAAGGGGAAGCCCACCGGGAAACGCCAGUUCUCGACUCCCGAAGAGAUGCUUUCUGGGAGCUCCUCACGCCCGAGAACAUUCAAACGGGAGGAAGCUGCAUAUGAGGAGGAGAAAGCUGAGGAAGAAUCAGGUGAGGAGUCUGGAGAGGAAUCUGGAGAUGAAGAGUCUGAUCAAAGGAGAAAAGGAACUGAAGGUCUCAUCUCAAUUGAGAACCCAAAUCUGGUGAAGCCAAAGAAUUUGAAGGCUAAAGAUCUUGAUAUGGGGAAAACAACUGAGCUUUCUAGGCGUGAAAGGGAGGAGUUGGAGAAGCAGAGGGCACAUGAGCGAUACAUGAGGCUCCAAGAGCAAGGGAAAACUGAACAAGCUAGGAAGGACUUGGGUAAGCUUGAUAAGAUUAUAGGGGAAUAAGAUGGCCACUUUACCAUGAUCUACGCUUUACUAACUCACUCUGGAUUUCGUGUUCAAAUUGCAGAGCGUUUAACUCUCAUUCGCCAGCAGAGGGCCGAAGCUGCCAAGAAACGAGAAGAGGAGAAGGCUGCUAAAGAGCAGAAGAAGGCAGAAGCUAAGAAGUGAUUCUCCCCAGGAUGGAGAAGGGUAGGCAGCCGUAUUAGUACUGAAGAAGAAAGUUGCCCUGCUUAGUUUAUAAUUGUUAUUUCGUUCUGACGCUUAUUGUACCAGCAUCAAAGCGGUAUUUUGGUAUGCAGCACAGUUAAUACACAACAUGGUGUUGAUUUGUUUCGCUUUUUAGUCAGAGGCUCUGGCUUGUGGAUUUUCUAUACUUCAUUUUCUCCUUUCCUUCGACGUUUUUGGUUUUGCACAGUAUUGUUAUUUCAGUUGUCAGGAUUUGAUUUAGUCCCAUAGAUUGUUGUGGCCAAUUUCGCACUAGUUGUCAAAAGGAUUUUUCUUGGAGUCAUCACCAUAGUUUAUAAAAAAAAUAUUUUUCAUAUUGUUUGAUCUGUGAACCCUGGACAAAAUGGUCGACCAACUGUAGUUUUUACUGUUAAUGAUUCUGGUUGUGGAUUGAAUUUGUGAAUUUCUAUGCUAGCUUGUUGUUGUAUGAUAUUCUUGAUUUGAUGUGGUGCAGAAGUGUAUAGAGGUUGAUUGGAAUAGACAGCAACUCCAAAAGUUGUAUUGUUUUUUAGUAAGAAGUCGAUUGUCGACAUGUUCUAGUAUGAUGUUGUCCGUUACAUCCA